AUGACGGCGGCGGAGCUCAAGGUUUCGCCCACGACGGUGGUUUUCGAAUCCAGCCCAGCUGUUGCGCUGGCGGCGCACGUGGGCUUCAAUGCAGAGGGCUACACCAUCAAGGUAGCCAGCUCAGCCGCCGGCCUCGCCUACAAGCGUGUGGAGAAGGCGGAGCGCAGGACCGACCGCAUCGUCAGCACGAUCCGCAAGCACGCCUCCCUCGCCAAGAUCGCGACUGGCCUCUGGGCGAUAGGCGCCAAGGACCCUGGCAUCGAGCUCCGCAAGCAGACCAUCGAGGAGUGGCUCCAGCUCUGGUUCGCCAGCCCCACUUACCGCAGGCGCAUCAUCCCGGCGUGGAGGCUCGUCCACCAGAAGACCAUCAGUUACGGCAACAAGAA